CUCUCUCUCUCUCUCUCUCUCUCCCCUCAACACUCCUCCCAAACCAACCGCUCUCGCGCCUCUUGAAGAUCCAGCAAAACCCUAGACACCGCCAAACCUCCAUCGGAGGUGAGAGAAGUCACUAUCAACCACCAAUCUUCUCCUCUUCUCUCACCUCGCUACCUCCGAUCCACCAACUCAGAGGUUGAACAGAGAUGGCGUCCCCGGCGGUGCAGCAGCAAGUAGCUCCUACUGCCGAUGUGGUUGGCAAUGCGUUUGUUCUUCAGUACUACCAUAUCUUGGAGCAGUCUCCUGAGCAUGUUUACCGAUUUUAUCAAGAUGAUAGUAAGUUUGGUCGCCCUGAGGAUAAUGGGAUGAUGAAGACUGUAACCACCAUGGAUAUAAUCAACAGGAAAAUAGUUGAGAAUGGGAAGCUCAGUGCAAAUGUUGUAACUGUGGAUGCUCAAGAAUCUUUCAAUAGGGGUGUAUUUGUCCUUGUGACUGGGUUUAUAAUUGGAAAGGACAAUUUGAGGAAAAAAUUUACCCAAAGCUUUUUCUUGGCACCACAAGAGAAAGGUGGCUUCUAUGUUUUGAAUGAUGUUUUCAGAUAUGUGGAUGAUUCCAUUCACCAAAAUACGGACCAUGGUUCAGUUGCUGAUGUUGAACCUCCUCUUACUUCGGAGCACGAUCCUUCUUUUCCAGACAGUCGUGUUUCUGAGCCUGUUACUGCUGUUUCUGAAGACGUCACUGUGGAGGAAGUAUAUAAUCCUCCUGAGAAUGGGGAAGUUCCAAUUGAAGUAGAGGAAAUUCCAGUACCUGAAGUUGUCGAUGAAAUCCCAGAUGAUUCAGAGGUAGUGACUGAAUCUGGAUACUCGGCACCGGUUGUGGCCAUGGUGGAAUCUGAGAAACCUGCAUCGGUGGUGGACGAUGCUAAAUACUCAGCAACUGUGGUGGCUGAAGCUGGACGUUCUGCACCGGUGGUGGCAGAAUCUGUACAUUCGGCACCGGUGGUGGUCGGAUCUACUCCUAAAUCAGAAGUGCCUAAGAAGUCAUAUGCCUCAAUUGUUAAGGUUAUGAAGGAGAGUGCUUUACCAUUUUCUACUCCUGCACAUGCUUCUGUGAGAGCUAUCCCAAAGCCCCAAGAGCAGCGGGUCAUUGCUGCUCCACAACCUGCUUCAAUUUCUGAAACAGUAGUUUCCAGCACAAAUGCUAAAGAAGAUGGGAACCAACCAGAGGCUGAAGUUGAAGGGCACUCUAUCUACAUCAAAGGUCUGCCUUUUAAUGCCACACCUGCUCUAAUAGAGAAUGAAUUCAAAAAAUUUGGACCCAUCAAGAACGGUGGUGUACAAGUUAGAACUCAAAAGGGCUUUGGUUUUGGGUUUGUGGAAUUUGAGGAUGCAAGUGCUGUACAAAGUGCACUAGAGGCUUCACCCAUCAUGAUUAAUGGACGCCAAGUUGUUGUUGAGGAAAAGAGAUCUACGAGUCGAGGGGGGAAUAGGGGAAGGUUUUCGUCUGGAAGGGGGAGUGGAUACAGGAAUGAAGGAUCUAAUGGGUACAGGAAUGAAGGAGCUAAUGGGUUCAGAAAUGAUGGACCUAAUGCUGGAUACCGAAAUGAUGCACCUAAUGGAUACCGGAGUGAGGGACCAAGAGGACGUGGAGGCUAUGGAGGUGGUAGAGGUUAUGGCCGCAGCGAAUUCAAGUCCGAAUUUGGAGGUAGGAAUACAGGUAGGGGAGGAUCAUCGGGCCGUGGAGGUGAUGGGUAUCAGAGGUCUGAGAAUGGUGGUCGAGUGAAUCGUGCUGGUGGGCCGACUGUUAAUGCAGCAGCCAAAAGUUCAGCUCCCCGGGUGUCUGCUUCUGCUUGAGAAAGUCUUGGCUUAAGUUGGUUAGUGGAUACAAAUGAUUUUUUUGGAAGUAUUUCAAUGGUGAAGUUGUUUGAUAGCAUAUUAAGAGGGCUGUUUCUGAUCUUUUGGGGGAUGUGAACCACCUAGUAUAAACCAUAGGAUUUUCUUUGACCAUUUUUUGUUUGCGGUUUUCAUACUUGAGCUGCUUUUUGGGUUUGAUAGUGGCCUAGAUUCCUGCAAGUACAUGUUUCCUGAUGAAUUGCUUGUGGCCUUGUGGGUCUCUAUUCUCUUUAUUUCGGAAGGAAGUGAGAAUUGUUUAGGUUAGUUAGCAAUUCGCCUUUUUGUUUAGGUUCUGCUGUACUCUUCGUGUUGUAGGUCUCUAUGAUUAUUCAAGUAAAUCUAAUGUCUGCGGAUGGUGUUAUCUUGUCAA